GCGCCCCGGGCGCUCCCCUUGCUCGGCGGCGAGCUCACGUGCGAGACUGCACGGAGGCGAGGGUGGGCUUCCGGGGCAGGCCUGCAGCUUUUGUCCACCUCGAGGGAGUCAGGCCCCGAACACUCCAGACAGAGAUGAGAUGGAUUUGAAAUCAAUGUCAGGAAUUGGUUGCUCUCGCUCUGGAGCGUGGCCAGACCCGAGCAUCUGGAAUGAUCUACGCGCUUAAAAAAAACAACGGUCGCCACCAUUUUCUCCAGCUGGGAGUGUCCACUCGCCUUCUACCAGCAUGGCGACAUCCUCACAGUACCGCCAGCUGCUGAGUGACUAUGGACCGCCGUCCCUCGGCUACACCCAGGGAGCGGGGAGCAGCCAGGUGCCCCAGAGCAAGUACGCGGAGUUGCUGGCCAUCAUCGAGGAGCUGGGGAAGGAGAUCAGACCCACCUACGCGGGCAGCAAGAGCGCCAUGGAGCGGCUGAAACGAGGCAUCAUUCACGCUAGAGGGCUGGUUCGCGAGUGCUUGGCAGAGACGGAGCGGAACGCCAGGUCCUAGCCCUGGCCCGCUCCGGGACCUCCCGCCUCUGCACAGGACGAGAAGUUACAGGCCACCUCCCGGCUCAGAGGAAACUCGUUUUCACAAUGGUAGCAGUUUGGUUUUUCCUCCGCAGUUCACUAGGCUCUGAAACUAUGUCUCAAGGUUGAGAAAGGAUUCUUGCAGUUAGUUAGGGUUUGCAUUUUAAGUAGUUAGAACUACCCAGGAUUUUUCUUUUUUUGAAGUGUUGAUUUCAGAUAUGCACGCGAAGUUACCUUACAGCAAACUGGAGUUUGCCUCCAAGGUACCAUUGUCUCUUUUCCAUUUCCUUCCUUAAAUACACGUUGUUGCCCAAGUUGGCCUUUGCCUCUUUCCGAAGCUAACACACCUCUAAGGGUCUUGUUUCUAAGGCACACUUGACAGCACAGAGCCGUCCAUCUGGUGUAGACUCUGCCUAACCUAACUUCUUUUCUGCCUAAGUAUUUGCAUGACUGUUAGUGCUUUGAAGUCAACUUUAAAAAUGUACAAGUUAUAAAUACAGAAGAAAGAGCAACCAAACCCAACAGGGUUCCCCAAACAUUUUCAUGAAAGACUGUGUAGAUUUCAGUUUUGCAUUUACUGUAAGUUGAUCAAAACAUCUGGAAGAAAAUGACUUAAAACUGUUUGCAUCUUUGUAUGUAUUUAUUACUUGAUGUAAUAAAGCUUAUUUUCAUUAACA